AUUCUGCUAUUUCGAAAGCCUUUUUGAUUUCAAUUUUCACUUUUCUUCUCACAAACACAAAUAACACGCCAAUAUGUCUCCAUUCAUUUUUAUCGUCAAACUUUGAUUUAGUAAUUUCAGUUCCUUACGCACUCGCAGGUUCAUUACUUGUCCUAUAAACCCAAUAAUUAAUUAAGCAGACAAAUGUUACGAUAACGUAUUCUCUGUUGUUGUGGCUUUGGAUUCGCUAUCGCACAUUAACAACAUGCUGAGAUCACUGCCCAAGCUCUCACCCCUCUUUUCCUCAGCUAGGAAUCCUCGUUAUCUUAGAAGUGCUCAGCGUUUCAUAUCUCAAGGGAGAAGACCAACUUCAAGAGUCAAGAUUGGAGCGGCAACCACUCUUUCUAUACUAUCCAAGUCAACUUCAUCUGCAAUUGCGUCAGAAACUGCUGCAGAAGAUCAAAUUCAACAGAUCAAGCUACUAACAUCAACUGAUGAUAAUUAUGGUGGUGUUACUGUGGAACUGAAUCAUCCUAUGGAUUCUUCAGAAUUUAUCCAAGUCCUUAGAGCUUCAGUUUCUCACUGGAAGCAGCUGGGCAAGAAAGGUGUUUGGAUAAAAUUACCUAUUCAUUUAGCCGGUCUUGUUGAAGCUUUAGUUAAGGAGGGGUUUUGGUAUCAUCAUGCAGAACCAAAUUAUUUAAUGCUUGUAUAUUGGAUUCCUGACAGUCCAAGUACUAUUCCUGUAAAUGCCACACACAGGGUGGGGGUUGGUUCAUUUGUCAUGAAUGAAAAACAAGAGGUCCUGGUUGUUCAGGAGAAUAGUGGACUAUUUCAAGGAACUGGAAUUUGGAAAUUCCCUACUGGAGUUGUUGAUCAGGGAGAAGAUAUUUGUGUAGCAGCAGUAAGAGAGGUCAAAGAAGAAACAGGAGUUGAUUCAGAAUUUGUGGAAGUAUUAGCAUUCAGACAAAGUCAUAAUUCAUUCUUUGAGAAGUCAGACUUAUUCUUCGUGUGCAUGUUGCGGCCUCUUUCUUUUAACAUCCAAACACAGAGAUUUGAGAUACUGGAUGCACAGUGGAUGCCAUUUGAGGAAUAUGCAGCUCAACCAUUCGUCCAAAAGAGUGAGCUUUUGAAGUACAUAAAUGAUACAUGUUUGGCAAAGAUGGGUGGACAAUAUUCUGGAUUUUGUCCUGUAUCUACGUCAUCCAACUUUUCUGAUCAAAAGAAUUAUUUGUACUUGAAUGCUGGGACCUUAAAGAGCUCCUAUUCUUCCUGAGCAUCAUCACAGAUUAAAGGACAUUCAAUUACUUUAUCUCAUUCAUUAUGUGAACAUGCUGGUCUUCAUCAGGGAAGCCAAAUUUGAAAGCAAUUUCAUUUCAUUCAUCAUAAAAUUUAGUUUCUGUCAAGAAUGGUUAGAAAAAAAGCUAACAUUGAACAAACGAUCAUUUUUCACGUUAUAUUUUCUUCUUUAAUAAACACUUAUAAAAGUUUAUUCAAA